AUGUUCUCCUCCAAACACCUCUUCUCAGCGCUCUUCAUGCUCGUCGCAAACCUCAGCAUGGUCCUCGGACAAUAUAGCAUUUCCGCACCCACACUCGAAGUCCCUAUCGGGCGCAAAUUCACAGUCUCAUGGACAUCAGGCAACGGCGUCAACGACCCACAAAACCUAGACAUUUGCCUGAACACCGACACCGAGUUCCUCCAUCUCGCUUCCAUCGCGAGGAACAACGCGGCUUCUGGGUCUGUUGACGUCGUUGUGGAUGAUAGCAUCCUCCCAGGGACAUACACAUUGGGUCUUCGGUUCCCUGGUUGCUCGUUCUUGAUGGCGCAGCAAUUCAACGACUUUGUUGUUACUUCGCCGUAA